AUGUUAUGCCGCGCCACCACGGGAGCUCCGGCGCGGCCAAAUCCUAGCGGCGCAGCCUGGCGCCAUCACGCCCGCGCCGGCUUCCCUGUUGCCUCGCCGGGCCACCGCGCCAUUGUUGGCGGGUUCUGCCGCCGCUGUGUCCGCCUACGCGGCGCACGGAGCAACCAAAGGCAUAGCCGGAGGGGCAGCCCAUGCGCCAGCACCGUCUCCUUCCUCCCGUGCACGUUGUCUCCUCACCUCACAAUACGUCCUGGGCAAGAUAACUCGGAAAUGUUGUGCAGCAAGCUAAGACUAUCUACCUUUAACUCAUUUACAGGAGUGUUUUUGCUGCUUUGCAAAAAGGAUCUGUGUCGUAAUAAGCUUUUUUUUACAAACACAAGCUGGAUUGUGGUUAGUAUGGCCUCUAAGAGAAGCACUCGAAUGCGGGCAAAAAAGGAAGAAUGCAUCAUGAACUCCCUCCCAAGCGAACUCAUUGAGCAGGUGUUUAUUAGGCUCUCAGCUAGUUGUUUGCUGCGGUGCAUUGGUGUCUGCAAGAUGUGGCGCAUCAUCAUCCGAGAUUCACAGUUUGCCAUGGCACACCUCGAGCAUGUACCACCCUGUACGCUCCUGUUCUCCCCAAAAGGGUCGAUUUCAGGCACGCUGUGCCCCAGUGAUGCUGUUAUCUUCGACGAAGCCUGGUCACCGUUGACAUGGGCGGCACCAGUGAUUGGGCCGGAUGAUCUCCUCUGUGGUACAUGCAAUGGGCUUCUUUGCUUACACACGCCUACAUCAACUCUCAAGAUAGCCAACCUUGCAACUGGUGAAUGUCUGCAUCUAAAGAAGCCUACAAAAAGCUUAAAAGAUGACCACUUUUCUUUCUACAGAUUUGGAUUUCACCCAGCCACUAAAGAAUACAAGUUUACUGAGAAAUGGAAAGAUAUCGUAACUCCAGAAGCUCUAAGUUUGAACUGUGUGAAAAAAUCCGGAGUAGUUAUUGUUGAUGGUAUAAUGUAUUGGCUUAUUGAAGAUGGGGGAUCUAAUUGGAAUCCUGCAGUUAUGUCCUUUGAUCUUGUGGAAGGAAGUUUUGCACAGAUACAGCUGCCAGCGGUUGAGCUUGAAGAUUGGGCAUUUGGUGAUGGCCGUAAUUACUGGGUCACAGAGAUCAACGGGAAGGUCUGGGCAUUGAAUGGAGCUGUAGAUCAAAGGUCGAGCCAUAUGUACAGUAUUCAGCUUUCAUCAAAUUUUGCCCUAGGACUACAUUUUGUUUAUGGAGAUAAGAUCUUGAUUCAACAUCGUGAUAGUAACUUGUAUUCUUAUGAAUUGCUUGGGAAGAACUUUGAGAUUGAAUCUAGCAAGAUGGUUAAGCUGUUAGAUUUGAAUCCCCGUGGAGAGGAUGACAUGCAAUUAUAUACCUGUGUGAAGUCACUUGUGCGUUUAGAUUUAUAUGCAAAGGCUGCUGUUGUGCAUAGCCCAAAGAGGCAGGGGGGAUGGAAACUGAAAAAAUGGAAAGCAUGGCAGUAUAAGGUUUUCGACCUAGAGAAAACGUGGAGAAAAAUUUAUCAAUUAGAGAAGGCUUGUAUGCUGGAAUUUACACAACAUGUGCGCACAAAAUAUGAGGAAUUUGCAUGA